UCUGCAUCGGGAGCCGGAAGUGGAACUUCUUUCCAGCUUUGGGGCGGGAAAAACAGUUGCACCUGAGGCUGCCCUGGGACCAGAGGAACCGAGGGGAGCCGAGACUGCUGGGACGCUUGGGACUGGAAUUGAUUCCUACCCUACAAACAUUUGGGCUGGUUACCAAGACAGACAGCUGGUUAAUCCCAGUUUAAAUUAGGAACACCCAGUGAAAGGAACCUUAUGUGAAACAGAAAAUGCCCCUUUCCACACAGGAUGAAGAUGGGAAUGAUCAAUAUAUUUUAGUUGCCAGCCUUGACAAUGUAAGGAAUCUCUCAAACAUAUUAAAAGCUAUUCAUUUCAGAGACCAUGCAGCCUGUUUUGCGACAACAAAUGGGAUCAAGGUUACAGUGGAAAAUGCAAAAUGUCUGCAAGCAAAUGCAUUCAUUCAGGCUGGAAUAUUUCAGGAGUUUAUUGUUCAGGAAGAAUCUGUAACAUUUCGAAUCAAUUUGACAGUCCUUCUAGACUGCUUGACAAUUUUUGGUUCAACUCCUUUGCCAGGAACUUCAACCGCACUUAGGAUGUGUUACCGAGGUUAUGGGUACCCUUUGACACUCUUCCUGGAAGAAGGAGGAGUAGUAACAGUGUGCAAAAUUAAUACCCAAGAGCCUGAAGAUACAUUGGAUUUUGAUUUCUGCAGCACCAAUGUUAUUAAUAAGAUUAUUCUUCAGUCAGAAGGCCUACGUGAAGCAUUUGCUGAAUUAGACAUGACCAGUGAGGUCUUACAGAUUACCAUGUCACCAGAAAAACCUUAUUUCAGGUUAUCUACUUUUGGAAAUUCAGGAAGCUCACACCUUGACUAUCCCAAAGAUUCUGAUUUGAUGGAAGCAUUUCACUGUAAUCAGACCCAAACUAACAGAUACAAGAUUUCUUUGCUGAAACCAUCUACAAAAGCUUUAGCCCUAUCUUGUAAGGUGUCUAUUCGCACUGAUAACCGGGGAUUCCUCUCUUUACAGUAUAUGAUUAAGAAUGAAGAUGGACAGAUAUGUUUUGUGGAAUAUUAUUGUUGCCCUGAUGAGGAUGUUAGUGAUUCAGAGCCCUGAGGAAUAAUGUCUGCCCAUCUCCUUUCUCACACACAGGAUAGGCUGUGUUCUUGCUCUCCUUUGUCCAGUACUGCUGGUAACUUAUUGUGGGACUUUCCCAAGGACAAGACAAGAAUUUAGCAUCGGGAAAUUGAUAACAAGUGGCAGAGCAGUGCACCUUAUAGAUACAUUAUUUUUCCAUCAAGUUACGUUUUCAAAUAGCUAUCAGUAUUCUGUUACUCUUCUGAAUGUUACCUGUUUGAGUUCAUGGGAGUAUAAAUAAUGAUAAAAUUGAUGAAUAAAUUGUGAACAUUGAUUUUUCAAAAUUGGAACCUUUGGAAAAUCCAGAAUGUGAAGGGUAAAUAUUACCACUUCUGAAAUGUUCCAUUUACUAUUGCAGUUGGCAAAUUCAUGUUUAUGACAAGUCCAUUCAUCCAAGAUUAAUUUGAAUUGGAUAAGAUACUUUUUAAGGGAUACUCUACAUAUUUCAAAAUAAUAUAAAUUAGGGAGGCACUUGUUUACAUGAGUUUGUCAUGGAUGGAACUGUAAUAUCUGUGGGGGUUGAGAAUGAGAAUUAGCAAAAAAAAAAAGUCUUUAUAAAAAUUCGAUGAACAAGCUAGAAUGUUAUUUUUAAAAAACACAUUUUUACUGGUAUCCCUUGUUUCACCUCCAUUUCCUACUGUAUCUCCCUUCACCCUCAUCCAGAGAGCUGCCAUUAUACUAAAGAAGAAAAAAAUUCAGCAAAACUAACCAACAUAUUGAAAGGGAGAUACAUGUAGCACUCUAUACCCAUGUACCCCACCUCUGCAAAGAAGCAGGAGAAGGUAUUUUCAUAUUGUAUUUGGAGCCAUCUCAGUCAUUAUAAUUAGUAGUAUUCGGUUUCAGUUGUUCUGCUGCUGUCAUACAACAUGAGUUUAAGACUUAUGACUUUCUUCAUAAUAUCCUAACUUCCCAAUUCAAUUUAAAAAUAUUCACUGAGUGCCUCUCAUGUGCUUAGCAUUGCCUCUACUUAAACUGAGGUGAGGAAAACAAAAUGCAUGCCAGCUUCUGUAAUUUUCUGCGAGAGGCAGCGUGGCACAGCAGAAAGAGUGCUGGAUUUGGAGUUAGGAGACUUGGGUUUGAAUCCAGAGCCUCAAAUACUGAGCUGUGACCCAAGUCAAGUCCUUUCCAUUUUCAGAGCCUGUUUCCUCAUCUGUAAAAUGGAGGUGAAAAAAUAUUUGUACUUUUUCUCCCAAGGUAGUUUUGAGAAAAAUGCAUUACAAACUUUAGUUAUACCCUAGAGUCUUUAUUCACUAAAUAUUUUUGUU